CCUUCUGCUCUGUCUCUAAAAGUGCCUGUGACGAGGAGAGUUCAGCAUUUGCAUCACACUUCUGAGGCUCUCUGCCUGUGUUGUGUGCAGGGCGUUUUCUUUGUUCUAAUGGCGUGUGGAGAAAGCGGGGGCAAUAAGAAUUUACUAUGUUUAGGAAUUUUAGUGGUUGCUAGUUCAUUUUGCCAUUGCACAAGACUGACAAGGCUUAAAGCAUUGGAUAGAUUAAGAGGAAACUCGACGCUUAGCAAAAGUCAAGCUGAAGGAGGUGAUCUGUGCCAUGGAAGACUCUUAAUUGGGCAAAAUUCAUUGCAAGCUGAUGAACUCAAAGGAACAAAGGCCACUGAAAACGUUCUGGAUGUUGAUACAGAUUACCAAGAAGACAUGGGUUGGGGGGAGCCCAAGCAACCCAAAGGACAGGUUAGUGGCGUUUCAAGGCCAAAUUCAGAGACAGACAGCGCAGUAGUGGAACGACUCCUUAGAAUGGAACCAAAGGUUGAAUGCACAGGAGACUCCAUGAAGCUUCAGGUUCAAGAUGCUGCCUCUACCUGUGGAUCUCUGUUCUUUGUGGACAGAGGAAGUCGCAUGUCACCCCUGCCUCUGUCCAAGUUGCCAUCAAGCUGCGGAUACACUAUCAAGUCAACACAGAGCGAUUUGGUCUUGGUCGCACCUUACAAUGGUUGCUUUGUCGCUCUUGAGGAGGAUAGCUACAUUCUUCCAUUACGUUGGUGUGGGUUACCAGUGAGGAUGUCAUGCCCUUUGAAGAGGCAGUCUUCACCUAACCCUCCGAUGGUCACCUGCCACGCUGAGGGCAUGGUUGUGAAAACAACAUGGACGGUCUCUGUUGCUGACCUUAACUUAAAAUUGAAUGGCAACUGGGAGCCGCUGAUGAAGGCAUCACCCAGAUGUGGGUUCAGUGUGGUUGUACAUCCUGAAGGUGUGGUCAUCUCUGUUCGCUAUGCACCCUGCCUGGAGAAAAAGGAUGGAAUGUACACCCUUGAAUUGGCUGGAGAUGGAGAAACCCAAAUUUCCUGUCCAUCACUGUCACCAGCUCAAGCUGAACAGCCCAAAAAGCCUGGCAAAGUGGAGCAUCCCUCCACCCCUUCUCUGAAAAAUCCAGCACAAUCUGUUCUCCAGGUGCCGAAGAUUCCAGAAGCACCAAGCAAGAAACCAAAUCAAGAGCCAAAGGAUGUCUAUCCACCUCCAUUACAUUCCUACCCCAAUUUCUUUUACCCCUUUCCUGGAAAACCAAACACAAAUCCUGCACCUACUGUACAGCCAUCCCCACAAACUGUCCCUCCUGCAAAGGGACAAGUGCCCCAACCAUUCAUUCCUUCACCAUUUUAUCCCUGGCCAGCCCAACCAGAAGUGCCUGUUGCGAGAGAGGGCAAAGAUAACCCAACUAUUGCUCCAAUACCUCCUGAGCCCGAAGCCCCACAGGGCCAAGUACACCAGCCAUUCUACCCCUACCCCUUCUACCCUCGGCCAGUUCCUGAAAAGCCAACUGCUGCUCCAAAACCUCCACAGCCUGAAGCCCCUCAGGGCCAAGUAAAGCAGCCAUUCUACCCUCAGCCAAAGCCAGAAAAGCCAACUGCUGCUCCAAAACCUGAAGCCCCUUGGGGCCAAGUACAGCAGCCAUUCUACCCAUACCCCUUUCCCUUCUACCCUCAGCCAGAAAAGCCAACUACUGCUCCCAAACCUCCACAGCCUGAAGCCCCUUGGGGCCAAGUACAGCAGCCAUUCUACCCAUACCCCUUUCCCUUCUACCCUCAGCCAGAAAAGCCAACUACUGCUCCCAAACCUCCACAGCCUGAAGCCCCUCAGGGCCAAGUACAGCAGCCAUUCUACCCAUACCCCUUUCCCUUCUACCCUCAGCCAGAAAAGCCAACUACUGCUCCCAAACCUCCACAGCCUGAACCUGAAGCCCCUCAGGGCCAAGUACAGCAACCAUUCUACCCCUACCCCUUCUACCCUCAGCCAGAGCCUGAAAAGCCAACUGCUGCUCCAAAACCUCCACAGCCUGAAGCCCCACAGGGCCAAGUACAGCAGCCAUUCUACCCUCAGCCAGAGCCAGAAAAGCCAACUGCUGCUCCCAGACCUCCACAGCCUGAAGCCCCUCAGGGCCAAGUACAGCAACCAUUCUACCCCUACCCCUUCUACCCUCAGCCAGAGCCUGAAAAGCCAACUGCUGCUCCAAAACCUCCACAGCCUGAAGCCCCUCAGGGCCAAGUACAGCAGCCAUUCUACCCUCAGCCAGAGCCAGAAAAGCCAACUGCUGCUCCAAAACCUCCACAGCCUGAAGCUCCUCGGGGCCAAGUACAGCAGCCAUUCUACCCUCAGCCAGAGCCAGAAAAGCCAACUGCUGCUCCCAGACCUCCACAGCCUGAAGCCCCUCAGGGCCAAGUACAGCAACCAUUCUACCCCUACCCCUUCCCCUUCUACCCUCAGCCAGAAAAGCCAACUACUGCUCCAAAACCUCCACAGCCUGAAGCUCCUUGGGGCCAAGUACAGCAGCCAUUCUACCCUCAGCCAGAGCCAGAAAAGCCAACUGCUACUCCAAAACCUACACAGCCUGAAGCCCCUCAGGGCCAAGUACAGCAGCCAUUCUACCCUUGGCCAGAGCCUGAAAAGCCAACUGCUGCACCAGAGCCAGAAAAGUCAUCUGCUGCUCCAAAACCUCCACAGCCUGAAACCCCUCAGGGCCAAGUACAGCAACCAUUCUACCCCUACCCCUACCCCUUCCCCUUCUACCCUCAGCCAGAAAAGCCAACUACUGCUCCAAAACCUCCACAGCCUGAAGCUCCUCAGGGCCAAGUACAGCAGCUAUUCUACCCUCAGCCAGAGCCUGAAAAGCCAACUGCUGCUCCUGAACCUGAAGCCCCUCAGGGCCAAUGUCAGGAACAUCUUUCCAUAUUCAUUGCCUGUUGA